CCUGAACAUUUAUACCCAGCCAAGAGUAUCAACGUCCGUCCCAGAUGCCCACAGGUAGCAUAUCCACCCCACCCAGUGAUGACGAUAUCAUCGAAGUACUAGCCAAUCAUGGAGAGAUUGUUCCUGUAUCACGAAAGGCAAUGCUUAUCAGCCCGGUCUUCCGAGAUGCCUUUCUCAUAGAUCUCUUCUCUACGACGUUAAGCUCGAAUACCGUUGCAGAGACUAAACAAGAAGCUGUAGAACGAAACAAAGACGGGAGAAUCAGGAUCGAGGCCGACGCUCUUGCAAUCCGCUGGCUGUUUGGACUUCUAGAAAAUCUCAAACCGGCCGAGAUAGACGACUCUUACAAAGUCACUCCGGAAACACGCACCCCUCCUUCCCCAGUCCCAUUACUUGAAGCUGUUUCACUGGCAGACCAAUUUGACAUUCCUUUCUAUCCGGCUUUAUUGGACAACGCCCUGUGGGACGUCUCUCGCACCAGUCCACAGCUCGCGAUCACUGUCUACACCGUUGCAUACGUCCUGAACGAUGUCGUAUUAGCCAGGGAGGCGGUACAGCGGAUGUCUCCCCUAGUCAAUCCGUCGCUAUGGGAUCUCCAGACUGCAAAGCUGAUGCUCUGGCAGCCUUGGUGGUCUCUAUGCGCUGCCUUUCGGGCCGAAAAUUGGUUAAAAGCCGAUGAUAGUUCCACGUUCAAAUGGCUCGGUGUGUCUCACUGUUUGGUGAUCCUUCCUAUGGGAGCCGACCACAUUCAAUCGCACCUGCUCUCGGCUAAGAUCAUCGAGCAACUACAUCGGACAUUAUAACCGGAAUGCUUCGACCGUCUUCGACAAUUCGAUAUGCAUUCUUACUCGAUGUGAAACCC